UGUCAAAAUCUGUUAAGAGUUGCUAAAUUGAUGUGAUUGCCAGAAUUCCCUCUGUCUUCUCUUCACACUCCUUUUUAGUCCUUAAAACACUUUAAAUAUCUGUCCUUUGCCUCAUUUUCAUCUUAAAAACACAGAGUAAAUUCACUUAUAAGAUGAAGAGCUAUGUGGAAUGGUAUCCUAUCAUUAUCAUGUUGGCGAUAGAUUUUGCUUUAUCGAUUUGUAAUAUACUUCUCAAGAAGAUUAUCAUGGAUGGUAUGAACCAUUUCGUGUUCAUCACUUAUCGACAGUCCAUUUCAACCGUGUUUUUAGCCCCAGUCGCCUUCUUUUUUGAAAGGAAUAAAAGGCCUAAACUCACCCCUCAAAUCUUGUUCUAUCUUUUCUUGAGUGCAAUUGUUGGGGCAUCUCUUACACAAUACUUAUUCCUUCUUGGCAUACAAUACACUUCUGCAACAUUUGCAUGUGCAUUUCUCAACAUGGUACCAGUGGUAACAUUCCUUAUGGCAUUACUUUUCGGGUUGGAGACAACUAACAUAAAAGAUAGAAGUGGAAGAGCCAAAGUUAUUGGUACAUUAAUAUGCCUUGGAGGUGCCUUUUUACUGACUUUUUACAAAGGCAAACCUUUAAUCCACUUUUCACACUUUAAAGAUUUAUCUCAAACUUUGGAGGAACCUAUCAGCUCCUCUAAAAGAAAUGUACAAUGGAUCUUUGGCUCGAUGAUCUUAUUCGCUGGAACUAUUUUGUGGUCCUCGUGGUUCCUUAUUCAAGCGAAAAUUGGGAAGAAAUAUCCAUGUCAGUACUCGAGCACGGUUAUUAUGACCUUUUUCAGUGCCAUACAAUCAGCUAUCUUAACUUUUUCCACUGAUAGAACACUUUCCAUUUGGAUUCCAAAGGAGAAGAUCAUUGACAUGUUGAGUGUCGUUUAUACUGGCUUAAUAGGCUCAGGACUAUGCUUUGUUGGAAUGUCGUGGUGUGUUAAGAAGAGGGGACCGGUCUUUACUGCAGCAUUCAGUCCUCUUAUACAAGUUAUGGCAGCUGUGUUAGACGUUCCAAUUCUACACGAACAACUCCAUCUCGGAAGUGUGAUUGGAUCUGUUAUUGUAAUCCUCGGACUAUACUUUUUACUAUGGGGCAAGGCUAAAGAAAUGCAGAAAGUUUCUCAAGAAACUGAAGAGAAAAAGGAAAAAGAGUUAAAUUUCCAAGUUCAUGAAGCUAAUGAUGAACCAGAUAUACCUUGAUAUCAGUAUUUCAAUCUUUUCUUUGAACUAAGUUCUUUUUUUUUUCGAAAAAAAAAUGUAACUUUUGUUCUGUAAGAAAAAAGUUUGAGAACUAACU